AUGAUUAGUUUACUUCUCAUGAACCGGACUAUUGGGGGAUAUCCGGUUGUUCUGUUCCCCCAAUUUGCCACAAGAGCGACUCAAGACACAUUGAGCCUAGGUCUCAGUGUGAUGAGGCACGCUCUUAGGGACGAUCGAUUACGGGAAUGUGUCUAUGCCCUCCUCGACAUAGGUAAACCUAAUCAUGUAGACUUGAUUCAACUUAUAAAGGAUCCGGAUAGCAUACCAUUGAACAUCCCACCUCAACCCGAGAAUCUUUUUAGGAGGAGGUUGAAAGAAGGGCUACUGGGAAUCAUAAAAAACAAAGAGAUGUUGGCCAUUUUUGGCACUAAAGCGGAUGAGGAAGAGGAAAGAUUGAAGAGAGACCUCCUGUCCAUCAAACCUGUCUGCCCCAAGCUGCUCUGUAAGUUGUGGCAAUUGUCCAAUAUUGGCCAUAGGGAAAAAGUUAUCAGCAAGUUUUCCACCUCAAGGUCUAUCCAGCAGGUUUCUAUGACUGUCUGGAUAGAUGAGAAGGCACUACUUGAAACAGUGAAGACACUCGAGAUCCGAACAUGCAGAUAUUACAUGAAGGCAAAGCACAGCGGGUUCUCCAAGAUGUUGGAGCAUGCUGAGUGUGUGACGAUCCUGGCACAGAAGUUAAGAGAAUGGCUUUGGGAGCUCCCUCUUGAAGGUAGUAUUACCAUGCCCACUCCUUGUGAUAAAGUGCUGAUUGUACCUUGGAAUACAUUGUCAGAGGAAGCGGUACCAUCAUCCAUCAUGGUCAUAUGGGCGGGUGAAGCUCAUCGUGAUUGCUUUCAUGAGAGGGGCCCAAAAACACCGUAUAUAGGUUCACAAACCCAAACCCAAACUCGUAAAGCCCCUCUGCAGGUCAUCGAGGUAGGUCCUCUGAUUGAAAGCAUAAAAACCAUCUUAGAACUGAGCAGCUGGAUAAAGGGGAGUGAGGGCAUGCAUGAUCUCCUCCGAGUCCUCAUUGAGGAGAAGACAAAGAUCUCACUAGAGGAACUGGAGCCUUUAACGGCACAAGUUUACUCAAGACUCUUAUCCCACAGACUCCCUUGUCCAGCCCUGAGAAGGGGGCCAUGUGGAACGGUUGUUCUACCAUCUUGA